AUGGAGAAAAACUCUCUCAAGCUUGUCUUCUUGUUCUCCCUCACAGUCAUAGCAAUGUGUUCGUAUUUGGGUGAUGCAAGAGAAAUGGCGGAGGAAGAAGCGAAUUACAUCGACAGUCCUAGCUUGGCGCCGGUAUCACCUAUAAUGGUGAUCAAUGGUUUUUGUCAUAAAGAUCUUGAAUGCGGAAAGUACUGCCCUAGGGCCUGCACGUCUCAUGGAAGAUCUUGUAUCUGUUCGUAUUUGGGUGAUGCAAGAGAGGUGACGGAGGAAGAAGUGAAUAACCUCGGAGGUGACACCGUGGUGCCGGGAGCUUCUAUAAUGGCGAUCGGUGAUUGCACUCAAGCUUCUCAAUGCACUCAAUUCUGUCAUCCGUUAUGCAAGUCUGUUUUAAAAAAACCCUGUUCGUAUUUGGGUGAUGCAAGAGAGAUGGCAGAGGAAGAAGUGAAUUACCUUGACGGGCCUAGCUUGGCGCCGGUAUCACCUAUAAUGGUGAUCCAUGGGUUUUGUCGUAAAGAUGUUCAAUGCGGAAAGUACUGCCCUAGGUCCUGCACCUCUCAUGGAAGAGCUUGUAUCUGUUCGUGUCGUUCGAGAAAGUGUCAUUGUGGGUGUUAA